GCCCCCUCCGACCCCUCCAACCCUCCAAACCCCUCCCUAAACCCCCCCAAAUUCACCCAGCACCCGAGAUGGAUAAAACCCACCCCCAGAACCAAACAAGACCGUUCAUGGGAGGAGAACAGGCUAGUCGGCUUCGUCGACUACGACAAGGGCAGGCGCUGCGUCUCCACCGAGGUGAGUGGCGUCGGCAAGGACCGAAUCCCCGCCAGGUACCGCCUCCGCGUCGAGGGCAGCCGGUGGCAGAAGGAUUGGAAGGUCUCCGAGGUCGUCGACCGGGUGCUGAGGCUCGACCACUGGGAGGACAUCGAGGGCGUCCUCAAUUGCUGGGUCGGCCGGUUUGCCAGGAAGAACUUCCCACUUCUUAUCAGAGAAAUAACAAACACUGGAUCCCUUGACCAUGCUGUUCAUGUGUUUCACUGGAUGAAAAAUCAGAAGAACUAUUGUGCUCGGAAUGACAUAUACAACAUGAUGAUAAGGUUACAUGCGAGAUAUAAUCGAACAGAUCAAGCACGUGGCUUAUUCUUUGAGAUGCAAGAGUGGAGAUGCAAACCUGAUGUUGAAACUUACAAUGCUCUCAUCAACGCACAUGGGCGAGCUGGUCAGUGGCGGUGGGCUUUGAAUAUAAGGGAAGAUAUGCUUCGAGCUGCUAUACCUCCGAGCCGAACUACAUACAAUAAUUUAAUCAGUGCUUGUGGAUCUGGUGGUAACUGGAAAGAGGCUCUUGACAUUUGCAAGACAAUGACAGAAAAUGGUGUUGGACCUGAUUUGGUGACUCACAACAUUGUUUUAUCGGCUUUCAAGAAUGGGGCUCAAUAUUCCAAAGCUCUGGCUUAUUUUGAACUUAUGAAAAAUACAAAUAUAUGCCCCGACACUAUUACUCUUAAUAUUGUUAUACAUUGCCUUGUCAAACUUGGACAAUUUGGAAAAGCUGUGGAUAUGUUCAACACAAUGAGGGGAAAAAGAGCAGAAUGUCCCCCAGAUAUCAUAACAUUUACCAGUGUUAUUCAUGCAUAUUCUGUUUGUGGACAGAUUGAAAAUUGCAAGGCAGUAUUUGACAUGAUGCUUGCUGAAGGACUGAAACCUAAUAUUAUUUCUUAUAAUGCACUUCUUGGUGCUUAUGCUUCACAUGGAAUGCAUGUGGAGGCAUUAACUAUUUUUAAGUUAAUCAAGCGGAACGGACUCCGACCAGAUAUUGUAUCGUAUACCUCUUUACUCAACGCCUAUGGCAGAUCUGGACAGCCUGAGAAGGCCAGAGAGGUCUUUGACAUGAUGAAACGAAACUCAUGCAAGCCAAAUAGAGUGAGUUAUAAUGCAUUAAUUGAUGCUUAUGGAUCUGCGGGAAUGUUGGAGGAAGCUGUAGAAGUGCUGCGCGAGAUGGAAAGGAAUAGUAUUCAACCAGAUAAUGUCUCAAUAAGCACGCUCUUGGCAGCCUGUGGCCGAUGUGGUCAAAUUGUUAAGAUUGACUCUGUACUUUUUGCAGCGAAAUCCCGUGGCAUUAAAUUAAAUAUAGUUGCAUACAACUCGGCCAUUGGAAGCUAUAUGAGUGUUGGGGAAUAUGAUAAAGCUUUAACAUUAUACAAGUUGGUGAGAGAAAAUAAAAUAAAACCUGAUGCUGUUACCUUUAAUAUAUUAAUUAGUGGUUUAUGUAAGGUAGGAAGACACGCAGAAUCUCAGAAAUUUGUCGAUGAGAUGAUGGACAUGCAGAUUCCUAUAUCCAAGGAGGUAUACUCAUCUUUGAUCUGCAUGUACAGCAAACAGGGUCAACUAACAAAAGCAGAAUCUACUUUCAAUAUGAUGAAGGAGACAGGCUGCUUCCCUGAUGUUAUAACGUACACUUCCAUGAUACAUGCCUACAGUAUAGCAGAGAACUGGAAGAAAGCAUUGGAGAUUUUUGAGGACAUGGAAAAAAAUGAUAUCCGGCCAGAUCCUAUUGCAUGUUCGGCCCUUAUGGAAGUUCUAAAUAGAGGAUGCCAACAUACCAAGGUUCUUCAGAUGGCAGAGUUGAUGAGACUGAAGCAUAUUCCUCUAAACUCAAGUGCCUCUUUUGAGAUUAUUUCUGCUUGCAGCAUGCUAAGAGACUGGAAAAAAGCAAGCGAAAUAGUUGAAAAUAUGGAGCCCUCCUCAUUCUCAUCACUUUCACUUGGGAUUUUAAAUCAGCUUCUUUGUUUUCUUGGAAGGAGUGGGAAGAUUGAGACCAUGAUGAAGCUUUUUUAUGAGAUAGUGGCCUCAGGUUCAAAUGUCAGCUCUGCAACAUACUCGAUUCUUUUGAAGAAUCUUUUGGCUGCUGGGAAAUGGCGGAAAUAUAUUGAGGUGUUGCAAUGGAUGGAGGAUGCAGGAAUUCAACCAUCGCUCUAUAUGUACAACAAUGUUCUCCCAUAUGCAUGGAAGGACAACAGCAUGGAGCAUGCUGUUCUGAUCCAAGAAAGAAUAAGCUCUUUGAGAGAAAAAGUUCUUUGAGCAUUGAAGGUUAAGUAUGCUAGAGAUUUCACAAUGAUGAGCUAGCCAGUGGAUGGGGCUGCUGGAGGCGACUGUAUCUCAGGUUCAUAGGAACAACUACCUAAAGAAAUGCAGUACAUUUAGCAUGCGGAAAGCACAAAUGAGUUAACUGGUGUGUGGGCUUGUUUGGCAAGGAAAUUCAAGAGCUUAAGGUCAUAUUCUGCCAGCACCUCAGCUAAACAGAGAUUUGAGGAGUUACAGAUCCUCUUCAUCCUUUUCAAGCUUGUCGACUGUUGCUAGAAAAUUCGUGUGUCCAGGUAUCAUCACCAGCCUUUCAUAAGAAAGGCUGUUAAUUAAUACAGUUGCAGUAUCGUUUAUGAAAUUAUGCUGCUUUUUCUCUUGGCUAGGUUUUCUGUUGUGGCAUUAACAGGGAAGUGGGGCCAAAUGCUCCAUCAUCUGUAGAGCCCGGUUGUUUCCAUGUUUAUUUCUUUUGCUUUUAACAGGCUCUUAUUAUGAAAUUAGCAGAUGAAGUGGGGCUGAAUACUCUGUAUCAUCUGCAAAGCUGGAAAUUAACUAGUUUAGAUAGGUUGUUUCACUGGAGAAAGUUAAGAAAAGGUUGUAGAACAGUUAAGAGACCAGCAAUCUCUUUGUUCUCAACCAUGUUGUAAUGAGGUCUGGAAUGAAGAUGAGUGAGAAUGUUAACUAUGCUAUCUAAUUUGAAGUCUGGAAUAAGAUCGGCUCUCUAGCAUAUUGCAUAA